UUCCACCUAGCACUUUUUUCCAGUAAUGUUCUGCGUGUUUCUAAAUGCAAAUGCGUUUGUCUAACGGGUUCAAAAGCCGAUAAUGAGUGGUCGUAAUAAUGGAGAGUGACUUCUGUCUUGUAACAGGUGAUUCAGCUUACAUUAUUCUUAUUUCAGGUAAAAUCGUCUGCCCCCCUUUACCAACACAAAAUGGAGACCAUCAGCGUCAACCAACAUGUCUGCAAUCGCACAACACUGCUAGUCUCUAUACGCAUACCAACCUAACGGGACGCACCUUUACUUCACCUCUCGAACGACCCGACAGUCAAGUGUUAAGUCACCUGAAGUGUUUAGUGUGAUAACUUGUGCAAAACUCAAAAUGGAGUGACGUCAAAAAGUGCCAAAAAUGUUGGAUAAUUAACAAUAUAACUCAUGAAUUUCACGAAUAUGUUUGGGGCAUAGAAGACAAAUGGAGUGGAGCACCGGAGACCUGAUCUGGUUCGAUCCAGGAGUAGGCCACUGGCUUCCGGGUGAGGUUCUCGAAUGCCACAGGAGUGCCAACGUCCUAACCGUUCAAGCUGUAAUCAAUGGAAAGCCUCAAACUUUCGCCCUCACCGAUGGCGAAGGCUCGGUCCGCCGUCGCCAAGACCUGGGCACGGCAGGCGUCGAAGACAUGAUCCAACUCACCGACUUGCACGAAGCAGCCUUAUUAUGGAACCUCAAGCUGCGGUACGACCGGAACUUGAUCUACACGUACGCGGGAAGUAUCCUCGUGGCCGUUAACCCCUACAGGAUGUUCGACUCCAGCUACGGCAUCGAAGCGGCCCAGAGGUACAGAGGCAAGAUGAUCGGAGCCCUGCCGCCGCACCUCUUCGCGCUGGGAGCGGCGGCGUACUCUGCGCUCCCGGCACCUCAGGUCGUCGUAAUCAGCGGCGAGAGCGGCUCAGGAAAGACUGAAUCAACCAAAUUGGUCAUGCAGUAUUUGGCGGCGGUAGCUCCUUCCGCCCCACGAGGUCAGGCGUUAGUCACGGAACAAAUUCUCGAGGCCGCGCCGUUGCUGGAGGCCUUCGGCAACGCUAGAACUGCUCGCAACGACAACAGUUCCAGGUUCGGGAAGUACCUGGAGGUCUACUUCAAGCAUGGAGCUAUUAUCGGGGCUAAGGUCACGCAGUAUCUUUUGGAGAAGUCGAGGAUCAUCACUCAGGCGCCGGGGGAGAGAAACUAUCACGUUUUCUAUGAACUGUUGGGGGGGUUGAGCCAUGCGGAGAAACAAAAAUACGGUCUAGUCGAUGCUGAUAAGUACUUUUAUCUUAAUCAAGGCGGGGGAGAUUGCGCGCCGGGGCACUCAGGCUCGGGGGCGGAUUGGGGGGCCCUCACGAGAGCCAUGCAAGUGCUCGGGGUAGGAGAAUCCGAACAGGAAGGGAUAAUUAAAGUUAUGGCCUCGGUUCUACACUUAGGUAAUGUUUAUUUCCAUCGAAGGCAACUACGCCACGGUCAGGAAGGUGUAGAGGUUGGAUCUGAUGUUGAAAUCAAGUGGGCUGCUCAUCUUUUACAAAUUUCUCCCAGUGGAUUACAAAGAGCUCUCACGUCACGAAUUACCGAGGCGAGAGCGGAAAGAGUAUAUUCUCCUUUAAGCAUCGACCAAGCACUAGAUGCAAGAGAUGCCUUUGCAAAAGCACUUUACUCUGCUCUUUUCAACUGGUUGGUAACCCGAAUUAACUCCAUCGUACAGAAAGGCGGUCUUCACGAUGCAGCUAGAAUUUCACUUUUAGAUAUCUUCGGUUUUGAAAACUUAAACGAAAAUUCUUUCGAACAACUGUGCAUUAACUAUGCAUCCGAAUCGUUACAACUCUACUUUAACAAGCAUGUCUUCAAACUGGAACAACAGGAGUAUGCCAGAGAACGUCUCGACUGGACUAACAUGACAUGGAUGGACAACACCCCGGUUAUACAGUUACUUGGAAAAAAACCCGUUGGAAUACUUCAUCUUCUAGAUGACGAAAGUAACUUCCCUAGAGCUUCAGAUUCUUCGUUCUUAGAAAAGUGCCACUACAACCACGCCUUGAACGAAAAUUACUGUCGACCUAGAGUAGGCGGACGCGAAUUUGGGAUAAAGCACUUUGCUGGUCAAGUAUGGUAUUCCGUAGAUGGUUUCCUCGAUAAAAACCGCGACGUUCUUAGACCCGACGUCGUAGAACUUAUAUCUUCCAGUAAGGAACCUUUGGUGGCUGCUAUUGCUAAACCAUUGGUCAACCAAGCGCAAACGCGCACCCUUCCCAAAGGCAACAAUGGUCGCUUUGUUACAAUGAAACCCAGAACUCCAACUGUUGCUGCACGUUUCAGUGAUAGCUUGCAGCAACUUCUGGAGUCUAUGUCCCGCUGCAACCCUUGGUUUAUCCGUUGCAUUAAACCCAACAGCGACAAAAGUCCCAUGCGUUUCGACAUGCCUGUCGUGCUCGAGCAAUUAAGAUAUGCGGGAAUGUUGGACACGAUCAAAAUACGUCAAUCAGGAUAUCCUGUCAGGAUAAAGUUUCAGCAAUUUGUUGAAAGAUACAGGUAUUUACUUUCUGGCGUCUUGCCAAGAGGUGCGCCUUACAGAGACUUAUGUCGAGCCAUUUUAGAACAAAUGCCUGCCACGGGUGCCGAUGGUCCAGACUACCAACUGGGAGCCACGAGAGUGUUUCUUCGUGAGAAACUCGAACGCCAAUUGGAACUUAAGAGAUCGGAUUGUUUACGAGAUUCGGCGGUGCUGAUUCAAAAACACAUACGAGGUUAUUUGGCACGGAAGAAUUAUCGGAAUUUGAGGAGGCAUACGGUGACAAUACAAAAACAUUGGCGUGGCUAUAAACAAAGAAAUGAAUACAAAACCGUACGUGAUGGAAUCAUUAAAACUCAAGCUUUGGUUCGAGGAAGACGGGAAAGAAGACGAUUUGCUCAAAGAAAAGCAGAUUUUAAACGAAGGGUGGAAGCUGAGAAAAUGGCACAAGAGAGGGCUAAACAGAGAGCUGCUAGAGAAGCUCAGUUACAGAAAGCUCAACAAAAGGCAAACGUCCAUCACCUAGAAAUUCCAGCUGAGUUAGCAUUUAUAUUUACGAAAAUUGAAAACUUCAAUCCUCCACACUCCGAAAGGAACCUCAUAAAAGUUGUGGGUGGUGUUACGGGAAACAUUCCUUCAUUGAACUUACCUCAUGACUUGAAUCAGUUUGAAUUUUCCCGUUUCUCAUCAGUGUAUUUCAAAGGUGCCGAUCUUGGAAUGAAGAAGGAACCAAUCACAGCACCCUUUUUGUCCAAAGCUGCCACAAGAGAUCAAGACUUCCAAGAUGCUGUCGCCUUGUUUAAACUUAUUUUGCGUUGGUCUAACGACGCCCAGUUAAACGGAGCUCGUGAAAGAGCACUAGCCGACUACAUAGUGCAUAAAGCCUUAAGUUCGCGUGGACUUCGAGAUGAGUUAUUAGUGCAGUUAUGUAACCAGGCAUGGAGAAAUGACAAUUCUGAACGGAUUUGGCAACUAAUGGCUCAUUGUUUAAGUUGUUUCCAACCUAGUCCACCAUUAAGCAAGUAUCUUCUGAAAUUUGUAACAGACCACGCGACGGCAAAUUAUAAAGAAUUACUACAGAGAAAACUUACCAGAGGUUUACAAAAGACACCGCAUGCACGCUCUCUUCCUCCGACUCUUUUGGAAUGGCGCAGUGUCCGUCAAAGGACGAACACUGCCUUACCUUUGACACUUCCAGAUAAUAACGUGGCGACAGUCAACAUUGAUUCUUGGACCACUUGUGAAGAGGCAGCUUCUUUGGCCAUAAACUCUUUAGGUCUAUCUCCAGAAGGAUGGAGUGUCGUGAUGGACGAUGCCGGUAUUGUAUCCGAAGGGAGUGGUUUGGAUUACGUGAUGGACUUAAUAUCAGAACUAGAACUGUGCCCUGCAUUCCCUAUUUCAAAGUCACCGCUGCUGAAAAUUGGUACCCGUAAAGCUUCACCUGUAGAAAUUGAUCAUUCACCGACAACACCCACACGACCUCAAGUACCACCACCAGAACCUCCGACUCAUCUCCAUCGUAAAGUUUCUAGAGAAGUGACAAGACAGUCACCACCAACUCACAAACCUCCAAGUCAAAUGAGCUCCAGAAAACCGUCAAGAGAGAGCCACCGUGAGUAUUCACCUCAAAGAGAGUCGCCUGUAACUAGCACCCCUGCUCGAAAAUCUUCACAUGAAGCACUGUCCCGAAAUUCUGCUUUGAAUGAAAGGUACUUUGAUAUAGAAAAAGUGAGAUCCAGAAGCUUAGACAAUUUGUUAAGCGAACCCGAACCGUCACCAUUGUGUGACCUCGGUUUAAGUCAAUCAAGAUUAAACGACAGAUAUCAUUCCGUAGAACAACUAGCCCCAAUAAAGCCAGUAAUUGCGAAUCAGAAUUAUAUGUCCAAACAAGAAAUUGACUUUGAGUACCCAGACGUUUCGAGUGUUAGUACUUCUCAUCGUGGGGGACCUAGAUACAUUAAAUCGCAAUAUACAGGCAAGAAAGCACCUCCAGGAUCACACUCGAGCAGAGCUCAUAUCGAAAAGUCAGAAUUCGGUGUCAGAAGUUCGGCAAUGUCUGAUACUAGUGAAACUCCAAGUUUGGCGAGUCAUGUUAGAAGAGUGCGAGUGCCCAGUCAGGCCUCAGAUGUGGAUCAGUUCCUGGAUGAACUCUUUAGCCCUGUGCUUGACGGUAAUUUAGACGAACUGAGUGAUGCUAGAUCUCUAGCUGCUAGUAUCAAAGGUGGAAAUAAGGAUGAUUAUUACAUCGAAGGUUUGGACGAUUUUCUUGACGAGGUUUUGGGUGUUGCGGAUAAUGAUUUGGAUAUGUCGAAUGCAGAACAUGUAGCGAAACAAAUUAAAGGUGGUGGCCAUAGACCUCGUAGAGACAGUCAAGGAAGUUCUGUUUUAGACCAGGAAGUGGAAAAACUAACAUCCGGUCAGACCCAGGAAAAUACGGCCAGGAAUGCGGGAGCUAAUGGCAACGUUGACGACUAUAUUAGUGAUUUGUUUAGACCCAUAUUUAUCAACGACAGCUUGAAGGCGCUCACCGAAAAACACAAUUUAGUUGAUAGUAUCAAAGGAGGUGGUACUACUCACCAACAGAACGGUGCGGGACCUAGUUACACAUUUCCACCUAUUCCUGCACCCUUAGUUGGGUCGCCUCCAGUUAUCAUGCCUUUACUAAGCCCCUCACAGGAAGGUUUCAUGCCCGUCUACAACGUACCACCCGUUAAUAUGCCAUCAAACGGUACUGACAUGGCUACGUACCAACAAAGUCUUCAACGUGCAUUCUUGCAAUCCGCAAUGGCCCAAAACAUACAAAUUCAACAACAGCUGCUUGCACAAAACCAGGCGUUGCAGCAAUUAUUAACGCAGCAGAUUCCAGGAUCUGAUGUUAAAGUCAACGAAGCCAUACAGACAACCGUUAAGGCGCAAGUUCAUCAAUCAUCAAGUCCUAAUCGUAAAUCCAGUUUCAAAACCACUAGUACAACCAGGAAGAGUAGCUCUCCAAGUAUUCAUUCUUCGGUUGAAUACAAAUCACGAAAAGCAAGUUCUGAAUCUAACAUGAGUGUAAACAUGAUGCGCAACGGAGUACCACCUCCUCCACCAAUGCCGCCACCGUUGGACGGUACGGAUCCGAGUGAGGCACGUCCUUUUAUGGAUCCUUACGGAAGAGCUAAAACUGUUAGAAUAGGCAAAUGGAGAUGGCCUCCACCUCAAGACGAGAGAGGUAACGAAAACGGCGAAGAUUUUAUGCAUUUUAAACUGCGCCAGCAUCAAAGAAAAGUCACUCCUGUCAAAGAACAGCAUCUGAUAAUUACCAACGGUCAUGGUCCCGUCCAAAAUAACACAAAAUCGGAGCAGUCGUCAGCGGAAUGGGAAGAAAUUGAAUUUGAGCCAAUCGUUCGAGAAACGGAACGUACAACCAAGUCGAAUUCUAAACGUGCUUUCGAUAUUGGAGCAUCAAGGCCAUCUCCAGGAAGUAUAGGAAAACUGAAACUCAGUUCGGAAAUGCGUCAGAGACUGGAGAAAGUCACUGCAAACCAUUCAGUUAGAUCGACCAGCAGCAAAGUAGAAAAACCGGCAAGGGCUGUUAAUAAAUUAGAAGAUACAAGAAAAAUGAUGUUGGAGCAACAGUUAGCUGGUCGAUGGGGUGACGAUUCUCAAGAUCUAACUAGUGGAAAAUCUAGUCCUGUUACACCUCCACACAUUCCUCACAAUGGAAGCAACUCACCGACACAGCAAAGCUGGACUAGUUCUAACUGGAAACCCGGUCCUCCUCCACCUCCCAUUGGUCCAAAUUCUCUUCCACCUGCACCUCCAGGGCCUGCACCUCCACCUCCAGUGGUUCGUCCGAACCAACCGCCGCCACCAGUCGAACCAAUCAGGGAAUCUUUUAUGGCCCAGCGUCAAGACAGAGACACUUUCGGUGUUCACCAAAACCGAGUCAUGCAAAACAGUUCCAAAAGAAAUUCCUUCAGUGCCAACUGGGAAGUCCAGAGUGCCAUAACACAUGAAACUCAAGAAGAUAAUACGCAUUGGGCUAAAGACACUUUAGAAAUAGAUAAGAACGAUGGACGGAUGUCGAGAGAUAGUUGGGACCAAGCUGAUUCAACGACAAUUACUUCAAUCGAUCAACCAAGAAGGAUUAUAAGUGAACGUUGGGAAACCGAAAGGAAGAGUUACGAAAAAAAUAGAAACGUUAUGAAAGAGACUGGAGAAAGGCCAACAUUCAGAACACACCAGUUUAACAAGAGUGCGCAAGAAAGAGAGAAGAAACAUUCUAUUGCUUCUACCCAAAUGACUGAUAAAACAGAAAGAAAUGAAGUACAAGAAUGGCCUGAAUUUAUGAGACCGAUACAGACCCCACCUCCGAAAUCGCCUGUUGUUCAUCGCAAACAAGAACAAGUUCAAAAUCAAUCUCCAAAAACCACAGCCCGUUUGGUACCUUUGGGAUCUUCGGCCUGUGUAACUUACAACAGAGUCUCAUGGCUCCUAAGGGUCAGAAAAGAAGUUUUCUCGCCAAACGAACCCCUUGGGCCGCCUUCAAUUCUUCAUUUAAUUUUUUGUCAAAUCGUCGGAGAUGUCUACGGACUAACACCUUGUUUGCGAUUAACCCAAACAGAAAAACGAGCCGGUGUUAACAUGUUAUCAGGGUACGGGAUAACCGCCGACAACUACAACAGCAAUCACCGAGCGAACAUAAAAAGAAACGUAAUAGAAUUAGCUAGAACGUGGCCUUUAUAUUUCGCUCGAUUGUUUCCUGUCUCUGGAGCAGCUCAGUUAUCAGAAGUUCAACUCGUUGCCGUCUCUCAUUGGGGCAUCCACUUGGUCAAAAGAGAACAGAACCACCUUCAAGCAAUCAAAUCAUUUCCUUUGAAAGACAUCUCGUCGUGUACAGCCCCCCGCCCCACCACCGUCAGUUUUGAUGGUCCUCAAGGUCGUCUAAGUCUUCACACACCUCGAGCUCAACAGCUGUCUGAAAUGGUGACCAAAUUCUGUGCGGAGAAUCGCAAGUUACAAACGAAACUAUCACCACCACCAAGAGCACCACCAGUGGAACGGGUCGAAGUUUCACCAAGGAAGACCAAUAAUGUUCAAGAACAAAGAUUGGCGGCGGCGUCGCCAACAGAGAUGAGGACUGAAAGAAGUGAAAGGGCGCAGUCACCAAGUAGCCCUUUGCCACCCACUGGAAAGUACUCUUUAAUGCAGUUUGCCAUGCAUAAUUUUAGACAGACUACAGACUUGGAACUUCUAAAAAUGGAUUCGUCGAUAAAAUCCAAAGAAAAACGUAAAGAAUGGACGUGGAAGCAACAAACCGACUUGAUCAAAUGGCAAGGGACUUCAAUCGACGGUCCUCUGCUACGUCUAGAAGACCCCGAUUUGAGUCCACUUGCUGUGGAGUGUUUUGAGUGCAUCUUGAGGUACUGCGGAGACCUGCCCUUAACGCCGGAAAUGCCCGAAGUCAAAUGUGUAUAUACAGUGCUAAUGCACUGCCACAAGCACGCUCUUUUACGAGACGAAGUUUAUUGCCAGCUCAUGAAACAAACAACCAGCAACAAAUCUGAAUCUCCUGAAUCUUGUCAAAGAGCUUGGAGGCUUCUUUCCAUAGUCGCCGCAUAUUUCGCCUGUUCUGAGAACCUUCAUCCUUUCCUCACCGAACACCUGUCCAGCGCAGCAUCUGAUAGGCGAAGAGUAUGUCACGGUACCGCCGCCGUUUGUCUCGCCAAUCUAAGAAAGACACAACGAUGUGGAGGCCGUAAGAAUGUCCCCUCAGUAGAAGAAGUGACAGCUGUCAGUGCUGGCCGUAGUGCACGACGACAAAUAUACAGAUUACCAGGUGGCGCCGAACGAGUAGUCAACACAAGAUGCAGUACUGUAGUUGCUGACGUUAUCGCCGAAUUAUGUAGUUUAAUCGGAGUGGGACCGGAAGCGGAGCAACAAGAAUUUAGUCUUUAUUGCAUAGUGCAAGGAGAUGCCUUCACAAUGCCUUUAGCAGCUGAUGAGUAUAUUCUUGACGUUACCACUGAACUUCACAAAGCAGCACAACCAUUCUACUUGAUAUUUUGCCGCUCGGUUUGGUACCACCCUCUCAAACAUGAUGCUAGUCCUCUUUAUACGGAAGUUUUGUUCAAUCAAGUUGCCCCUGAUUAUCUGGAAGGUCUUCUUCUGAGGCUGGGUAAUCCGAACUUGCCUCCCAGUAUGGUUCGUGACAUGGCCUUAAUAGCCGCUUUGCUUCAUCGCGCUGCUGACUUAAACCACCCCCCUAGCCUAAAAGAAGUCAAAUUUCUUCUACCCAAACCUGUUCUAGGCUUGAGAGAGCCAAGACCUCCGCAGUGGUUAGCUUUAGUUCAGACUUCUUGGGGACAGGCGGCUGGUUUACAGGUAUCUAGAGCCAAACAUAGGGUAUUGCAAGUCUUAAGCAACUGGCCUCUGUUUGGAAGUAGUUUCUUCGCUGUUAAACGGGUGUCUGGUGAUAUGGAGAAUUGGCAAGAACACAUUUUGGCUUUGAAUAGGAGUGGAGUACACUUUUUGGAAAUGACCACUCACGAAACGAUUCAACACUGGCCUUUCGCCGAGGUUAUUUCGACUAGAAAAGUCCGCUCUGAGGAUGGGGCUUUGUUCUUAGAUAUGAAAUGCGGAAAUCUGUUGCAACAACGAGUUACCAGGUUGCAAACUGAACAAGCACAUGAAAUUUCGAGAUUGGUUAGGCAGUAUAUUAAUUUAGAACAAGCCAGCGGUCCAAGAAAUUAAGUUUUAAAUUAUAAUUUAGAUUUGUAUAAAGUCGUUGUUAACAUUGCUCAUUCGCAUAGUUAAUUUUAAGUCAUUUAUAGCCUUAGUAAAGGUUGAUUAACAUUUUUAAGAAAAGUUGAUGUUAUAAAUGUUAUAUCCGUGUUACUCCUUUUAUACGUAAUAGUAAGAAUAAUUUUUAGUAAUUGUGGAACAGGUAAAGAAAGUCUGUUAUGGAACGCCGUCGGCCAGUAGCUUUGGCUUGUUUUUUUUUUUUAGAGGUUGGAUCACCACGUUUCGCAAUUACUUAAAUUUUCACUUUUAUUUAUUGUACAUAAAUAUAUAGAUGUGCUAUGUAUAGAAUAUAUUUUAUAUUAUUUGUAACAUUCUUAAUUUCCGCAUAUGACUGUUCUAGUUGUAAAAUAAUAUCAAACUCACUUCCAAUUCAAAAAGGUGUAUAUGCUUUUUUGCGUGGGAAUUGAUUUCUUAAAUAACAAUAUGUAAUUAUGAGAAAGUGAAGCUAUUAUAAUACGAACAAUCAAGGCCAAACAUAAUUAGGUAUUUAUUAUAAAGAUGGAUUAUAAUGCAAGUUAGCUCAUUCAUUAUCAAUGCAUUAUCUGACAUUGUAUCGGUCCCAGACAAUUAUUGCAUGUAAAAUUAUGGGUGUUUGUAUCUUUACUUUAUUAAAAAUAUUUUAUUGAA